AUGCAUUUAAAAAUUAAAUUUGUUACCAGUGAUGUAUGGGACGAUGAUCCCGGUGUUGACCUAGCGGACAUUACGCUAGAAUUGGGCGAGAUCGACUAUGGCGCGCGGCUGCACGAGCGGUUCGAGCAAGCGCCAGCUCAGCUGACCAAACGGUUCCUCAACGCGCUGCCGGCCGCUUCGUCGGCCGUGCUCGAUGCACCGCCCCGUUCGCAGUACAACGAUGACCGGUGCCUGUCACCGCUGUCACGACCGUUUCCGGUGCCGAAUCCUAACCUCGGCGUCAGUACGUUCCCGCGCAUGAAGGCCGCGUUCGACGAGGACGACGACUCGAAUCGAACGCCAAAGCAUCGGUUCUUCCGCAACUACAGCUUCGAUUUUCUGAAACAGAAGCAGCUGAAAGCGAAAAUUGCGUCGGCAGCCGAGAAGAAGCACAUCUUUUCCAUCGUCGGACACUAUCCGGCGCUGCGGAAGGCGCUCAAAACACGCCACUGGCUCGAGAAGCAAACGUUUCGGAGUGCCCUGCUGCGCGAUCUGUCGCACCACGCGCUGCUGCAGAAGGCGUCCAACGGGAACGAGUACGAGGAGGCGCUGGUGUCGAAGUUUCUCAAACCGUACCUGCCGUACUUUAUCUGGCAGCACCGGAACAUGCGCGACUGCAAGCAGGACAGGUUCUACGCCCCGUUCCGUAGCCGGAUCCACUACGAGCGGCCGUACGACUUUGCCGUCAAGGAGAACCUGAUACGGCUGAUCAAUGCGGCCCACUGGCACCAGGAGGAGGGAUUCGCCGUGUUGGAUUACCCGCGAACGUAUCUGCUCGAUACGGAGGACAUCAUCACGAAGUUCCAGGAAGACUACCAGCUGACGAUCGUCAGUAGCUUUCUGUAUCACAUGUCGAAGCAGCUGGAGUUUACGUUCGACGACGACGGGACGCUGACGACCGAUGUGCUGCGGACGGCCAUGGCGUAUCUGCAGUACCACAUGGGUUGCGCCCAGCACGAGGACAUCGACCACGAGGAGUUCUGUGAGCCACUGCUGACGCCCGAGAAUCGGCACGACAUGGAGCGGAUACUGGCCGGGGAGCUGCAGUUCCGCAGCAUACCGGGCUAUGAGGUGCUGUCGCUUGUCGCCCAGGUCAAGAAGCUGGUGCACGAGGCGACGAAAGUGUUCCCGGAUAUGAAGAUCGACGGUAUGCGGAACAUGUGGAUCCUGAAGCCGGGCAAUCGGUGUCGCGGCCUCGGCAUUAUGAUCUUCAACGACGACCGCAAACUGCUCGAGCACGUCGAUACGAAUCCGGACGUCAAGUACGUCGCCCAGAAGUACAUCGAGCGUCCGUUGCUUAUCCACAGCACCAAGUUCGACGUGCGCCAGUACUUCCUCAUCACCUACACGAACAACCUGCUCAAGGUGUGGAUGUACAAGAACUGCUAUCUGCGGUUCAGCACGCAGCAGUUCAAUCUGGACGACUUCAGCGAGUCGAUCCACCUGACCAACUACUCCAUCCAAAAGAACUACGUCAAAGAGGUGCGGGACGGUGGGGAAGCGCUGCCAACGUGCAACAUGUGGUCACUGCGCCGCUUCCAGGAGCACCUGCAGUCGCUCGACAAAGGCUUCUACUGGGAGCGUAAAAUCUACCCCGACAUGAAGAAGAACAUCCUGGCGAUCGUGUGCGCCAGCCUGGACGGCAUGAAGAUGGAGCGCAACAUGUUCGAACUUUACGGGGCAGAUUUCAUGUUGACGGAGAACUUUCGCACGAUGCUGAUCGAAAUCAACACCAGCCCGGACCUAUCGUCGUCGACCGAAGUGACGGCGGUCAUCUGUCCCGCGGUGCUCGAAGAUCUCGUAAAGGUGGUCAUCGACAAUACGAAGGACAAACGGGCGGGAACGGGACAGUUCGAGAUGAUUCACUCGCUCGAAAUACCACGGGUUGCACCGUACGGCUAUGGGUUGACGGUGGACGGCCGUUCCCUGCAGUCGAAGCACCGAUCGAGGAGCCCGCUGCCUCCACUGGCUGCUGCCUGCCCGGGGCCGACGCCGGCGAUCCCUUCCAGUUCGCUGUCGGCGGCCGUGCAGAGUGCACGCAGUAUGCAGCCGCCGGUCGCUCCGGGAAGCACCAAACAGCCCUACCGUAUAACAGGAACGAGCAGCAGUUCCGGGUCCAGUCGAGGUAGCAAAACAUCGCUCACCAAUAUGCACCUGGAGCGUCCUCGUUCGACGCUGAAGUAG